AUGCGUGCUGUCCGCUCAACAUUCCUCACUCUAGGCCUCUCAGUCUUGACAGCUGCCUCCGACGAAGACGUGGUUUCAUUCCCCGCCAUAGGAGAAGUCGAUGUCGUUUUCCCUCGUCAAGACACCUACGCUGCGGAGGCGCCAUUCCCUGUUAUCUUCGGCCUUCAGAACGCCCCUGUUUUGACCACCUUCAGCGACUUUCUACCGGACACGGAACCCUAUUACUUCCUCAAUACCAGCCAGGCCAUCGCCGAUGCUGAUGAAGAUCAGUUCCAGUACUGGCGCAGUGAAGAGGACUCUUGCAUCCUCAAGUGGGAUUUCCGAUGGACUACCGUCUGUGAACCUCGAUCCGACGGCAGCGUUCUCUUGAAGAACAACCAAUUUGAGCGUUCAGGGAAUGUAUCUUUCAAUCUUCGUCCAGGCGCGAAGACUGCUCGCAAGGCCAUCGCCGAGUACGACGGCUGUGCUAUUGGAGGCACUGCGAUAAAGCUUGAGCGGAACCAUACUGUUGGGUGCCCUAUUCUUGCCAAUGAUGCGUCGCCAAAGCCCAAGCCUUGCGAUUUGUACGUAAAAAGGGCCCGGAGCAGCCUUGCAGCCGCUGUUGUGAAGCCGACGACGAGCUUGACGGAGUUUCCCAGCAAAACGACGGAUUUGGGUGUGAGGACUACGGGUACGGGCUCUGAUAGUAGCUCAGAACCAUCAAGUACUGAAGAGGCUUCAGGCAGUGGCAACAGUAGCAAAGGAGAUGAUGGCAAUGGUGCAUAUAGGCAAAGCUUUGGUAUCACUGUGAUUUUAACAUUGAUUACGGCCAGUGUAUUGCUUAAAUCAGUCCUAUAG